CGGACCAAGUGUAAAGGUACAUAUGCAAGUCAACAAUGCCGGGUACGGUGAUUCCCUGUUUUACGAGAACCAAAGAAAAAAAAAAGGCGGUGCUGGCUGCAGUGGCACUUUGCAUCAUCGCUUGAUGUGCUCUGCUGCAAGACUUGCGCAUUGUUUCCCACGGGUGACUUACUACAGAUACUACAUUACCCCAAUCUUGGCGUUUGCCUUGUCCCGUAGCGGUACGCGAGGAGAAAGAGAAAGAGAGAGCGAGUUGUCGUUUGGAAUCAGGCCGCCUCCAAGCACACACACAGUCCAAGCCUCUUCCCGCCUCCAAGGACAUACUCGGACAUGUCGGAUAUCCAAUCUUUCUCUCUUGCUCUCUUUCUCGUUCUCAUUCGCCUUUGUUGGUUUUCAGCUCGAGCGGGGUGGUGGGGCGCCCGUGCCUCCUUCAGGUCACACGUUACGGCGUUCCAUGUGUGUCUACGCUGCUGAAAAGUUAGGGACGACUUCAUGCAAGCGGACGGCGAGGGUGGGAACGAAGGGGGAACUUUGCUCCGACACGGGGUUUCUUUUUCGACUUUGGGGGCUAGAAACUCGGUAGGUAUGCGAUUUGCUAGUAGACUAGUGGGGAGAUGUUUGAGAGAAGGCAAGGGGAUCGGGAAAGUCAGGUACAGUACGGGUAGUUUGAUAGACGAAUGGAUACCUACCGCGUCACAUCCGACGAGUAGUGGAAAGUUAGCUCGCGGUGGUACACCAAGACGGCCCCCCAGUGACGUGGUAUAGAAUGAGAAUCUGGAUGACGGUGCAAGGGUAGACGAGAGCGGAAAAAA